GGUGACCAUCAAAUACACUGAAUCCACGUAAGAUAGGGUGUUCACCUAGUUAUCCGAGGACACUAUCCGGAACCAUCCAACUGGUCCAGAAGGGUGUGGAGCUGACGUCACUCCACGUUGGCGCUCCACUGAGCUAUCACUGCCACAGACCUAGAUGGGAAAAAAAGUAUAUCUAAACGUUGAUGUCACUCCAUGUUGUCAAACCUUAACAUAGAUCUCGAUACCUUUGUAGUGAAGAUUUGCAUCGUCAAGUUUUAAAACAUCAACUUCUUAUCGUAAUGUCGGAUUUCAAGCUAGCCCACCGAGUUGGGCAUCUUAUCGUUCAACCCGCUGACCUCCAACAUGAUCCUCCAGAAAGUUAUCUCUUCAUUCAGGAUGGACUUAUCGUGGCAUGCGGGGUGCUAUACGCUAUGUGUUACUUCUUUUGCAUGCUCCGAACAUACAGAGACAAGACAUAUCCAGGAGCUAGCUAUGGAGGCAUACAAUACCUCUGCUUGACCAUGGCAUAUGAGAUAUACUAUGCGUUUACCACAACGUCUACAUGGUUCGAGAAGCUCGCUUUCCUAGUUUGGUUCGAAUUCGACCUUGGUUUCACAGCAGUCGCAAUUCAACACGCCCACAGCCCGAACCAAAGAAAGCGGCUUUACCGGAAUAUGAUUUGCGGCGUUUUAGCUGGUGUAUUGUUCCUCCGGUGGUUGGCCAAGGUUUAUCCCGAUGAACGAGAACAGAUCACUGCGUAUUGGACCGGCAUCAUUCUGCAAUUUCCCAUUGGUUGGCUGUGCCUGUACAGCCUGUGGAAGAACCAUGAUACAAGCGGCCAUUCCCUUGAAAUGUGGAUUACUCGAUAUCUUGGAUGCUUCACGGCGUAUGGCGUCUUUUUCUGGCGCUAUCUAAAUGUCCCCCAAAACUGGGCGUAUGUGGGGUCAGCUUGGAGUAUUUGGACUAUUAUAUUGACUCUCAUUCCGGAGACCCUUUACCCAUUCGUCUAUGUCUGGGUCUUCAACACAAGAAAGGCCAAGCCGGAGUAAGGAUCUGCUAUACCUUGAUGUUGCUCGUAUUUUAUGCGUGAAAUGUAACAUCAGCCUCAAGAGUAUAUAAUUCCGACUCCAUACAGAGAACCGAUCUCAUGAUAUAUGUAUAUAGAAUGGUUCGGUGUAACCUCGGUGCAUAUUUUGACUCGUAACUAAAGUCAAUAUUGUGGUGCUUUUCUCUAUCCAAUCUUCAAAAUGACACAUCCAUGAUUCGACAAAUUGCCAGAACUUUUAGUAUGCGGGUUAACCAUCUGUAACAACUCUCAAGAGCAACCUUAGCAGUUAUGUAGGACUAAGGAGUCUAGGUUGUCUAAAAUCUUUGCUUGCCGGAGUAGAUACUGUGUACUUCUUAUGCUGUGCCUUUUGCGUGAUGGUUCAUCGGCGACAGCUGCAAGGCAUAAAAUUUAUGCAAAUAUGGUUGAGACACUUUUUUCAUUAACAAGAGAAGAAAAGUACAAGUGCUGUUCGGAAAAAGGAAAAUACCUCGGCUCAUUCUUUACCCUGACUUGACAUCAAUCCCUACUAACCCCUAUUGGUACCAUUG